AUGACUAAUCCAUUGCAAAUUUUGACCAGCAACGGUCGCCGGCGUACCGUUGAGUCGGCUUCUGGGACUGUCGACAUGUUUUCUUCGAUGCAUCAUGAUCUGAUCGGAAUGGAACUGAACCCAGACUUGUUGUCCGCGCCUUUUGUGCGCGACCCUUCAAUGCAAAUCCCCUAUGGCGGCCACAUACCCGGAGGCCCCCACGCCGUGGAACAAUGGUACACAAACUCUAAUGAUGACCCAUGGCAUCCCAAGGACAUCGCCCUUCCUGGAAACCAGAAUGGCAUGAACAUUACAGACCAUGGAUUUACAUUCGCAGGCGGCUACCGCGAUGGCAUCUCGCCAUCGGAAUGUGAUACUCUCCCGAUAGCAUCAGACUCUGGCUAUGCAAGCCAUGGAGCAAAACAAAGCAUUGCGACUGCUUCGAUUUGCUACGAUGAGCCACUUGAAAAUCAUGAGACUCAGAGCCUGGCAGGUCAAUUCCACAUGAAUAUGGAUCUGCGGUGUUGGGGCCAGGUCCCGAAUCAGUCGCCAUCGCCAUCUCUCCAACGACACCCUCAGCCAAAUGCGAGGGAGUUGAUCUGCGAGACGUGUCACAAAAUCCUCAAGACCAACUCGGAGCUCAAGCAUAAGGAAAAGAUCUGGCCACGCGCCGACAACUUCCGUGCUCAUAUCAAGCGAGUCCAUCAACAAGAAAUCACCGACGAGGAGUUGGAAAAAUUCGUCUUUCGUACCAUCGCUCCUCAAGACGUUUUGCCUGACAUUGCUGGGAUGCAACCCUCCGUGGCGGACUUUAAUGUUCACGAGGGUCAGGGGUUACCUAAUCAGAUCCCAUAUUGGAACCAUUCGGGCAACACUACAGCAAGCCUUGAUGUACCGAAAGGAUUGAUGCCUAUGCAUCAGACACCCAACAGCCACCUAGGUCAGGAUACAGGGGACGACGAGCAAUUGAUUAAUAUCGAGUCUCAUGAUGAUGAGAACGUUGAUAUGCACACUACGGAUGGACGGCUAGAGUCUGCGGCCUCACCAACAACCCUUAGUACAGAUAGUUCUGGAUAUGCCCCGAGUGAUGACCGCAGCGAGCAACAAUACAUCACACCGGCGGACCUGAACCAGCACACCUCUUCUGUUUCAAUGGUAUUGGUGGGUGCAGAUGAAGAUGCCCCAAUACCCGAGCAUACUCUGUAUGGAUCUAUUCCAGAUUCGACCGAGUCGGAUGCCGAGGGCGCAGCAACUCCUACCUUGACAGACGAGGUGAAGGGAUCUCCAGACUCUUCAGACAUUGGUGUACCGCUGUCGGAAGAUGUAUCUUCCCUUGUAUUCAAGCUGAGCAACUUGAGAGAACAAAAUAAAAUCAAAGAGGUACUAGAAGCACUACAAAGCAGUGGUCUUCUGGAAGGGACUGGCUACAAGAAGGAGCAGACGCCAACAGCCAGUGAAAAAGCGCCUGAGACGACUCCACGUCAGGAUGCACAGAACAAGUGUCUCAAGUGCGACAAGAGCUUUCUACGGCGUUGUGAGCUAAAAAAGCACAUGAAGCGUCAUGACAAGCCUUAUGGUUGUACAUUUGAAGGCUGCACCAAACGGUUUGGCAGCAAGAAUGACUGGAAGCGUCAUGAGAACAGCCAGCACUUCCUGGUAGAGGUUUGGAAAUGUGAUGUCCAGGCGACGCACGAGAUUCCACAACUCUGCGGCAAGGUCAGCCACCGCCGAGAGACAUUCCGACAGCAUCUAAUGAACAGUCACCAACUUGGCAAUGCAAUCAUUGAGAGGAAGCUUGAAGAAUGUCGUGUGGGCCGGAAUUGUGAAGCCAACUUCUGGUGCGGCUUUUGCGAGAAAAUCAUCAAAAACGACAGCAAAGGCGGCGCUGAGGCCUGGACGAAACGGUAUGAUCAUAUCGAUGAUCACAUCGCCGGACGCCAUGAUCUUGCCCAGAAGCAGAUGAUUGACUGGAAAAGUUUCGACCCUGAGGCACAGCUGGACGCAGACAAUGCUUCAACGGAAUCGCCAAAUGCCGAGGCUGAGGUUCCAUUGGUACCACAUGCGCCUGAUAGGCCAUUGAAUGUAGAGGCCCCGCUAAGCGACAAGCGACGCGUCGCUGCCAGCAAGCGAAAGGCGGACCGAACUGGUGAAGGUCGCCACCCGAAAAGAUCCAGAAUAAAUGGUAAAGAUGAUGGACCAAUGGCCACAGCAACAGCAACAUGUGUAAGCAUGCAUUAA